AUGGCCAGCCGCGGUUCCGGCCCGAUCCCCGCCGGGGUCAAUCCUUUCGCGCUCCAAGUCGCCCAGUUUACGUCCCAGCUUUUCUCAGAGUUCUCCGGAUUCACCAAGGGCCUCUUGAUCUUCCUCUUCAUCUGCCAUCUGGUCGUUGCCGUCUUUUGCUCGGUCAUCCUCGUGCUGCCCUAUGUCCAUGGCAUCAAACGGUCGCAAUGGAUUUUCAGAAGGCUAUACAUCAAGAAUCGGCCUGGGCAGAGCGCCCAACUUUACAAAGCCCCUCUGUUCUGGCUUAAUGCUGGGGUGGUGAUGACCAUGUCUCAAUUGCUAGGCUCGGUAGCCACGCUGGCAUAUAUCAUCGAUUGGUUCAAGAUUGCAAGCACGGUGGGAAGACCCAGUGCGACCCUGACGGAGCCUGCUAUAGGAUUGAUGUUCAUGUGCGAAAUGCUAACCUACUGGAGUCUGAUGCAUUGUUUCGUGGUCACGAUCUACUAUGACCACGAGACUCAGGCCGAAGAUAUCGCCCAAGAGUUCAGGAAAUGGACUCCAUCACCGACUUUCAUCAAUGUUUUGUUUCUUGGCUUCCCAAUGGUCAUCAUCAUUGCAACCGUUUCGGUGUUCGGUGUCAUGUCCGUAUUCCAUGCAGAGCUGGUCCAUCAGGCGACAGACAUGCUGGAAAUUCUGAAGGAGGGCGCAUCCGUUUGGGACCAGUUAAAAGUGCCGACAACGUCUGUUUCUGAAAAAUACCAGCUGGUAACCCAACUCACUGAAGUCGUAUCCGGGGCAAAAUCCACCGGCGAUCAAAUUCAACAACGUGUCACGCGCAGUGUAAAAUUUAUUCGAAUUUUACUCUCUAUUAUCUUGGCCCUAAUUUCUGUAACGUUUGUGUGUUUCAUCGGCGUGUCCUCGAUAGUUGUUAUGAAGUUUCACCAACAGCAGGUCCGAUCUCGCCGUGAGUCAUGCAAACCAAAUCCCUUCCGUCAAUGGUUCAGGCCCAAGGAUUGGCCCAGCGCGAGCGAGGAGCAAAACAGUAGCAACACUCGAAAAUUGGUCAAUCGUCAAUUCUUCCAUCUACUCAUCAGGGCGGUAUUUAUCAUUGUAUCAAUGAUUACUAGCAUGACCCUGUUUGGCUUAUGGGUCACAAGGACAGGUGAUUUUAUCUCAUCGCCUUACUGGCGAGGGGUCACUUCAUGGGUAUCGACACUGGCGUGCACUUGGUCUUCGAUCCCUAUUGCUUGGCAAUGCUAUUGCCACAGAGACACCUGCCGCAAGCCGGGAGGUUACCCGGAUCCCAGGAAAAAGCGGAAACAAACGAAGUGGGCGAUUCACAAGAGCAACACGACUCAGAUUUGUGAAAUCCUGCAUGAAGGGGGGAAACGCCGAGCGGAUCCCGCUUGUUUCCUGAAGGUUUACGAUCCCUGCGGUCAAAGAUUGGUUCUUAUCAAAUUAUUAGUAGCUCUUGCACCUCGAGCAGCGUCCUUCUUGUUACAGUGGGAUCCCUAA